CUCUGAGAGAGAUGGAGGCCAAAACACCAAACAAUAACAAUGCUUUGGAGAAGUACUCAAACACUAUCCAAAGCACAAUAAACAAUGCCAAUAAGAAAUCCUGUCCCCUAAAGCUAAUCCAACACGAUCAGACGACUAUCGCAUGGUGGUGUCACGAGUUGGAUCACCUCAGGAAGAUGGCUAGGACAUCCUUUAAUAAGGCAAGAACCACAAAACUCAAAGAGGACUGGGAUACUUACAAAUCUCACCUCAGAGAAUACAAAAAAAAUCGUCACACAAAAACAGAAAGAUGCAUGGAGAUCCUACUGCGAAGAAAUCGAAGAUUUCCCGCAGGCAGCGAGGCAUCAAAAAGCUCUCUCAAAAGAUCCACACCGAAGCAUUGGUGCGCUAAUCAAAGGGGAUGGCACGAAAACUGCCAACCUCGAAGAUAA